CUUAAAUUGCCACUGCUGGCUUGUAAGCCAUAAAUGAAAGUGAAUUAGCUAAUUUGACAGUUUUGAUGAGCUAGCUGGAUAGCUUGCUAUUACUAACAAGACUAACGUCAGCUAGCUAGUAUCAGAUAACUAUCCUAAAAUUGAGCAUAUUUUUUGCAACGUUGUGUGAUCAUUAACUGCUUACCGGCGUUAACAUCGCUCGUAGCUGGUGUGAAAUUUCGAUGUAGAGACUCGCGACAAUAAUCGAUGGACAGUUUAUCACUAACUAGCUAACACAGACACAAGCUCCGAAAGUUAGCAAGGCCUUAUUUUUAGCCACGGUGUGGACUUCCCUGCCAAUGCGGGGGAUCCAAAACGUACGUCCCUGCAACCACGGAUAAAGAGAUGCUGUAGUUGACUAUCAGAGAGAGUGAGUGUUACGGGAGCCCCGGCAGAAAGCAUUCACCUGCAGAUAUUGAGGAGAGACUUGAUGAAUAUUUAAUCGCCCUUCAACAGAAAAACAGGAUCUUGAAACGGCUGAAGGCUAAAAGCCCCAAAGACAUAGAGCUGGAACGUCUAGAGCAGGGCUUCUCCAUCUACGUAAAUGGGGCCAACUUUGAGGCCAACAGGAAGCCCCAGAGACGGGGGCAGAAGGUGCUCAUGUCGCCUCCACCUGUAGCCCGGGCCCCGCAUACAGCUGAUGCUUCUAGGAGGAGCGGUUUGCAAGCUGAAGACCAGGAAGAUCUGCAGGAGGGACAGAAAAAGAGGAGUCAGACUGCUCCGGGGAAAGUCCAGAGGAAGGAAUGGGUUCAGAGCUCGGUCCACAUUAAGGCGGAGAACGGGCCUGUCCUGCGGCUUCACCCGGAGCACCUGUACUCGGAAGAUUUCGAGCCCUAUGAGAGCGUGAGCAUGGAGCAGCCCGCUGCUCAGUCCCCGCGCAGGGACGCCCGCGCCGGCCCCAGGGCCCCCUGCGGCCCCCGCGAGUCGGAACGCAGCGAGCGAGUCCUCCUCAGCAUGGACGAGGUCAAGGUGCUGCGGCGGAGCCUGGAGGCGAGCGUGAGCGUGGGCGUGAGGCGCUGCGGCCGGGACUCCGCGGGGGAGGAGUCGGAGGAGGAGUGGGUGGAGGAGCAGAUAGAGAGGGAAGAGAGCGCGGAGAGCUUGGAGGAGCUCGGCCUGCCAGCCAAGGGCCCUGCCUUCAACCUGCAGCCCAGCAGCACGCCCAGCCACCGCCUCGAUCCUGGAGACCUCAUCGUGCUGGACUUCGGCCCCGCCCACAGUGGUGGAAGGAAAGAGCGCACGCUAUCAGCAAAGAGGAAAGACAACAUGGAGUCUUACAUUCCUACCAAGCCGGUCAUAGUGAAAAACAAGACCCCUGACUGCCCUCCCUCCACACAAGGCAGAGAUGCUUCAAGGCCAUGGAGUCGAGUGGAGCGCCCCCUGUCUGCAGCCCGGAAAUCAGUGCUAGAGGAGCGGGAUCCUGAGGACACUGCUGGCCAGGUUUUCGAGGCCCUACAGAGAGAGAACAGCCCCUUGCAGCCCGCACAUAGGGCCUCGCGACUCAGGCCGAUGAGAGACUUAAAUAAUGGCUUUGAGGCUUUUGGAGAAAGUGGGGUGACCAAGGCCAUGCAGAGAAUCACCCUCAUGGAGCCAAGCCAGCAGAAGAAACUUCUGAAGGCACUGGAAAAAAUUGAAGCUGACACUAAUGUGGAUUUCCCUGAGAUAUCCAAGACCAGCAGCGGAAAACCAGCAAGGUCGCGGGCGUCUGCAGAGGUGACGGCAGCUCUCUACGUCACCAUGGAAAUCCUGUCCAACUGGGGGAGCAGCAGUCUGGUGGGGCUGACGGAGGUGCAGUUCUUCUGCCGGAGGAACCGCAAGCUCUACGUGUCCCCCCACGACCUGGACAUCCGGAACACUGACCAUCCGGGGAACCUGGGGGCGUUGGUCAACGGGAAAGCCAAAACCACAAAAGAGAGGCACAUGUGGACCUGCCCAUUCCACCCGCCCGUCCAGCUCUACUUCAUCGUCCGCAACCCCGAGCGCUCUCCUGACUUCGGCAUCUCCAGGAUCAAGAUCUGGAACUACAACCGGAGCCUCAAUGAUCUGGAUAUCGGCGCCCGGCACGUGAGGCUGUACCUGAACAGCACGUUGGUGUUUGAAGGAGAGCUGGAGAGGGGCUGCGGGAACCAGGUGUUUGACUACAGCACCACCAUCGACCUGCAAGCCCUGGCCCAGGAGCCCGUGUCUCCCAGCCCCGCCUCUUCGGGCCACAGCCUGGGCGCGGCCGAGGACCUCCCCUCCGACCAUGACAGCGGCAGCCAGGAGAGCAGCGGCAGCAGCCACACCCAGCAGGCGGAGGACAUGAGCGAGGGGCCAGCCGGUCCAGAGGAGGACCCCUCUCCGCCGCCCCCACUGGCCGGGAGGACCUCCCCGGACGGAGAGCCCCCGCUGGACAAGCGGCCGGAGCGCGUGAUGGGGCGGGCGGCCACCUGCCAGCCCGUCUCCAAAACGCCGCCCUGGCUGCGGCCCCUGAGCGCUGGGAGUCAGGAAGGCGCCGAGGGGGCCAAGGAGAGGCCCCCCUGGCUCUCCUCGGACCAGCCCCCAAACCCCAAACCCUCGGCGAUGCCCGAGCUGCUUGGCAACCCGGGAAAGUCCAUCAGGAGCUCGGCCCUGUGGGGGGAGAGGGAGCAGAACGGGGAGCCCAGCCGCUCCCCGGUGCAGCUGAGCUCAGACUCGCUGGACCUGGGCGACCUGCUGGAGGACCUCCGCCUCAGGGGGGACCGCCCCGUCAGCAGCAGGAGGAGCGCCAGGAGAAGCGCUCAGCACCCGGAGCCCAGCAGAGACUGGGCCGCUGACCCGUCCGGCCGAGAGGAUCCCGGAGGCAGCAGGCGGCAGUGGACCCCCCGGGCCCAGUGGCGCAGCGAGCAGGAUGACACGCUGAUGGAGUCCUGGGACUCGCUCACCAAGUUCAACCAGUGCCAGCGCGGCCGCAUCUCCAACAUGGGCUUCGAGGGGGACAUCUUCGACGAGUUCCUGCAGCGGCAGGCGCGGCCCGAGGCGGGGGCAGGGGCGGGGACUGGGGCGGGGAGCCAGCCCCCGCAGACGCCCCGCCAGGAGAACCUCCCGGAGGAGCCGGAGGACGACCCCUCGAGCGAGACGGAGCGGGACGAGGAGUUCGAGAUCCCCGUCCUGCCCCAGGGCCAGCGGCUGGUGAUCAACAUCCUGUCCACCUGGGGUGACCGCCACUACGUGGGCCUGAACGGCGUGGAGAUCUUCAGCUCCAGCGGGGAGCCCGUGAUCCCCGCCCGCAUCCGCGCCGACCCGCCGGACAUCAACGUGCUGCCCGCCUACGGCAGGGACCCGCGCGUGGUGGCCAACCUGGUGGACGGCGUCAACCGCACGCAGGACGACAUGCACCUCUGGCUGGCCCCCUUCACUUCGGGCCGCCCCCACGUCAUCUUCAUCGACUUCCACAGCCCCUGCCAGGUGGCCAUGAUCCGCGUCUGGAACUACAACAAGUCGCGCAUCCACUCCUUCCGCGGGGUGAAGGAGGUGGAGAUGCUUCUGGACGGGAGGUGCAUCUUCAGGGGGGAGAUCGCCAAGGCCUCGGGCACCCUGUCUGGAGCCCUGGAGCAGUUUGGAGACACCAUCCUGUUCACCACGGACGACGAGAUCCUGGAGGCCAUGUCCCGCUUCGACGAGACGUUCGAGGGCGAGGCGGAGAGCCCCGAGGCGCUGGUGAGCGAGGAGGAGCUGCAGCGUCCGCGCACCGCCGACGGAGAGGGCGAGGAGCGCCCCUUCACGCAGGCCGGCUUCAGGGACGAGGACCAGCGCGUGAAAUUACUUCCCAGUACAGACAGCCUUUCUGAAGUGGCUAUGGAGCAGGUUCCUGGAAUGUACAGCGGAAAGUGCCUUAAGAUGAACCUGAGCAUGACCUGGAGCGACUCUCAUUACUUGGGCCUGACCGGGCUGGAGGUGGUGGGGAAGGAGGGCCAGAGCCUGCCCCUGCACAUGAGCAUGGUGGGCGCCUCCCCCCGUGACCUCAACCAGCUCCCAGAAUAUGGCCAGGACCUGCGGACCCUGGACAAGUUGUUUGAUGGUCACAACAUCACCAUGGAGGACGAACACAUGUGGCUGAUCCCCUUCUCCUAUGGCAGCGUGCACGAGCUGACCGUACGCUUCGAGAAAGCCCAGACCGUGGCUGGACUGCGCAUCUGGAACUACAACAAGUCUCCUGAAGACACGUACAGAGGGGUGAAGGUGAUGCACGUGUCCAUGGACGACGUGGUCAUCUCUCCGCCCGAGGGCUUUCUGAUCCGGAAGGGUCCGGGGAACUGCCACUUCGACUUUGCCCAAGAGAUCCUGUUCAUCGACUACCUGCAGACGGCUUACUGCAGGAGCACAGAGUCACAACAGUUACACAAGGGCAGCCCACAGAAAGUGGAGCAGGCCAGCAUGGACUACGAGGCUCCCCCCAUGCCCUGUGGAUUCAUCUUCCAGCUGCAGCUGCUCACCACCUGGGGCGACCCCUACUACAUCGGCCUGAACGGGCUGGAGUUCUACGACCAACACGACGCCAAGAUCCCCCUCAGCGAUAACAAUAUUGCAGCAUUUCCAGACAGCGUGAACGUUCUGGACAGUGUGAACGGAGACGUGCGGACUCCAGACAAGCUGGUGGACGGAGUGAACGACACCGACGACGGCAGGCAUAUGUGGCUGGCCCCAGUGCUGCCAGGGCUGGUGAAUCGGGUGUAUGUCAUAUUUGAUCAACCAGUGACCGUGUCCAUGAUCAAGCUGUGGAACUACUCCAAAACUCCACAAAGGGGAGUGAAGGAAUUUGGGCUCCUGGUGGAUGACCUGCUGGUGUACAACGGCAUCUUGGACUCUGUGGGUCACAUGGCCAGAGGAAUCCUACCCACCUGUGACCCCGUGGUGCCUUAUCACACCAUCCUCUUCACCAGCAACGCCAAGAUAGCGCACCGGGAGAGGAACACGGUGAUCAGCCCUCAGCGCGGCAGGAAUCGGGAGCACAACUACGUGGAGGACCAGGAUGUUAAGAUGACAAAUGAGAACCAAAUAGUUCACCACCACAGCAAGAAGAAGCAGGCAGCUGAUCCAGCCCUUCGGCCCAAAACCUGCAUGACGGACAGAAGGCAGCUGGGGAAGAGGCCCUACUGAGAGGGGGGGGGGGGGGGGGGGGGGGGGGGGCGUGGAGUGGAGGGACUGCAGCUGCACCGCACCACCCCAGUGCUUUGGACCCCCGGGUCUUGAGCUCCGCCCCUCUCCAUCUGCACUCCCCAGCAUCUGAGGCCUGCGCUUUAGCGGAGAGCACAGAACAGCUUGUUGUGAACUGGUCAGUGAGUGUGUAGCGAGCCGCAAGGCCUCCUCACCCACCAUGGAGGCGGUUCAUCUUCACAGCCUUCUCAACAGCAAUAUCUCCCAUUGGCCCGUUAGUGCUUCUGCUCACCCCACGUUGGCUUUAAAGGGAUAGUUCAGGGGUUAAAGGGAUAGUUUCCUGAGAUUUUUUUAUGUUAAUGAGGGAUAUUUUAGAUACCUACAGAACUUUCUGACGACCUUCCAGCUUACAGUGGCUGGUAUAAGGGGCAUCAACGAGUUUCUUUUGGGGGUUCCUGGUCUAAAGUAAGAAAGUGCCCUUCACAUAAAUUCAGAGUAGUUUGUAGAGUAACGUUAUGUUUCCGGUGGCUGUACUUAUGAACAGAUACAUUUCACAGUGUUUAUUCACAAAUACCUAUAAACAUAAAUAUCAGUUUUCAUAUUGUGCCGGUACUACUUUGCAUGAGUGCAGCACCCCAAAUGCCCUAUACUUGUCAUCGUAAAGCCAGCUGGUCACACAUACGCUAAAAAACACACCAAAACUGAAAUAAAAUCAAAAGACCUCUGAAGUAAACCAUCCCUUUAGAGUCAUUGUUGGUCUUGUAUAUUCUCGCUACCGAGCUUUGACUAUGCUGUGGUUUCAUGAUGGAGCCCUCCUCUCUGUUCUUUAAUACACUGCUGCUGUCACUGCUCCAUUUACAAGAGCUGUGUAAACUUCCAAACCUCUGUACAGUGCACUCUGAAUAAGGAAAUUUCUAGAAGCUGUUUGCAUUAUACUUAAUGUACAGAUAUGCCCUGACUAAGCCUUUAAGAGAAGUUGCCUACUUGCUGUCAGCACAAAAAUCAGUAGAAUACUUUUCUGUCAAAUGAACUUCUAGCAUAGUGUCAUUGUAUUUACCUAUUGUUUUAAUCCGACUGGUUUUAACAAUCUUACUGGAAAGAACAGGUAAUAGUAAAAUUUGAGCAUUCAGAUUUCUAGUGCCUGUUCCACAGCACUGCACCAGCCUGCAAAGGGAUCAGAUCAGAAGACUAGUUUAAGUGCUUGUUCUUGUUACUGUUUGAGGCUGUACUUAUAUAUGUCUACCUGUAUUUCUUUGUUGUCACCGAAACACUCAAACUGAUCUGCUGAGCAGUAGUUUCACUGGUAUACAUGAAUCAGUCAGAUACAUUCUUCAAUAAAGCUGUGUAGUUUAGGAGUUGUAUGGUAGCAGUGGUGAUUCUUUCAUGUCAGUACUUAGGGGCUUUUAAGUGUGGUUGACAGCAAGUACAGUGACCUAGUAGUUUGCAACUUAAGUGACCUUAAAAGUAUGUUAUUUAUGAGGAAAUUUACACAAGAUUCUGGAAUAUGUACUCUUCUGUAUUUUUAUCUAAAUACUAUCCACCAGUCCAACCUGAAGUAUCACUGAGAUGUCCUUCUGUUCAAUGGUAAAUAACUCUAUGUAAACACAUAUUUUGCUGUUUUUCCAUUAGAAUACCGCUUGUCUUGUUAUGUUAUUAAUCGGAUAUCAGAAUGUGUAAUUUUUGUGUCAUUCACAUUUUGAGGUCUUUUGAAUUGCCAACUCAUUGUGACUGAAGACAAUGUGGAAAUGUUGGGUCUUGACUGGGAAAUGGCUUCUUUUACUUUCACAGCUGGGUAAAUAUAUGUUCAAUGCAUUGUCAUUGAACGGAGAGAUCAUCAAAGGACACAUUUGUAUCAUAAACACCAGUACUAUUUAAUAUGCAAGCACAGAAAAUAUACCUCAAAUAGAAGCUAAAUAUAUCUUGAAAGCUGAAAUGCUUACACUAAAAUAUAGAUUGUAGCACAGAUAUUCCCAGAAAGCACACCUGGAAGUAAAGUUUAUAUUGCAUGUCCUCUUCAAUGAUUUCAUCACUUGCGUGAAAGGGUAUCAAAUAAUUUAAUGACAAAGGGGGGCACUGUUCAUUUGCAGAGGUUUGUAUUCAGUAGAAGAUACAAAUUUGCUGCUUUUAUGAGCUGCAACAUGCUCAUGGUGUCCCUCGCAGAAGUGUCCGAAGAACUGUCUUCAGUUUACUUUUGAAAUGCAGUUUUGUGCAUUUCAGUGUUACCGUGAAGUCCAUAAAGAAAGAUUUCACAUUUAAUUUCUGUCAUGCUUCAGGGUUCUUGGAUAUUUUGUUGCAACGACUGUAUAUGUAACAUUCCAUUUUAAAAUAUGUUAGAGUAUUUUUUUUAAUCAUUUACAGAUAUGUGUAUAUUUAGUGUAGCUUUACAGAAAUGAAUAAAAUGUGUUCCAGUAAACAGCCUA